UUUCGCCCUAAUUUUUUCGAUUCAACAAGUUUUUCACUUCGAAUUAAGCUGCUAUUUGUUUUGUUGUUGACCUCUGUAUUUCCCCUCUCUAUUUCUUGUGUGUUUUAGAAACCCUUUGUUACAUACUACCAUCGUUUUCUCCCACAUCUGGCAUCCUCAUUUUUCCAAUUCAUCAAUUUCACCAGUAAAUUAUUAAUUUUUUAUUUGUUCUUCAAAUCUCAGAAAUGCUGCUUUUAUAAUUUGUGUAGAUUUAGAGAAUUUCGCGAUGAAUUACUGUGAUUUUUGAGGUUGAUAGGUAAAAUGGGAACAAAAAGAGGUAGACUGAGAAAGAAGCCGGUUGUAGAGGAACAAAAUUGCAGCAAUGAAGGUGCUCCACCAGAAGAGAAAGACGAAGCAUUUGACAACUACGAGGUUGAACGUCAAUGUGCUGCAAUCAGAGCUCUCCGGGAUGUUGAAAUCGAACGAUUUAGCACUAUGUUGCAGUUACUUCGUUCGUAUUUCAGUGAAGACCAGUUGCAGGUUCCUGUAUUGCAGUUUUUCAGUGAAAAACUUCCGAACCUAUCCCUUGAACCGACUGGAAAGGAUGGCCAGUAUGAAGUGAAAUCGAAAGGGAAAGCUGUGGAUGCAACUCUGGAAAAUGGUGACGAAAGAACAUUACAUGCUGCUCUUCUCCGUCGGCUGUCAUUAGCUUACCCUGAUUUCUCCGCGGGGAUUCCUUCUUUAGGCGGCUUCGAAUUUUCAAAUCAAUCUGUGAAAACAAGCAUUUUUGGUGCUGAUAAACUACAGAUCAGGAGUCUUGUUUUCGAUGACCCAUCCGAUUCACAAAUGUUAGAGCUGAAAGAUGAGCUGCGGACUCCAAAUGUUAGUAACCAUAGAUUGUCAGUUGGGGUAACACCUAAAAGCAAGAGGCUUCCAAAGUGUGGCGAGAUGCUUCUAUCCGUACGCGGCUCACCCCUCGGUGUCUUCAAGGAAGAUAACAUGGAAACUAUACAAGAGAGCGAAGAUGGUUGAAUUGCGGGAGCCAAGGCGAGCAUUUUGGAGCGAGGUAAGCACUAGAUGUAAAUUUAUUGAACUUUGUAGCUCGAGUCAUCCCUCUUGGUUCAUUUUCUUGAUGCGUUUGUCUAAACACGGACUUGUAGUAGUCGUAGAAAUUUGUCGUUCAUGUCGUGUUUCGUCUAAAAAACGGAACAAGGUUUGUGUGCCGUUGGUAUCACUACUAUGUGUGUGAUAGUGAUUGAUACAAAUGGAAUGGGAUAGAGAAUAGAUGGUUGAGAAUCA